GGAAGCGCUCCCAGCCCGGCCCCGGAGGAACGCGGGCCAUGGAGCUGCCCCGGUGGCAGCUGCUGGCGGUCAGCGAGGAGCUGGACGAGGCCGAGCUGGCGGCGCUGAAGUUCCUGAGCCGGGAGCACGUCCCCAGGAGGAGGCUGGAAGCCGCCCGGAGCGCGCACGACUUGUUCGAAGCGCUGCAGGAGAGGGGCGCGCUGGAGGCGGGGAACUUGGCCUUCCUCAGGGAGCUGCUGUACCGCAUCGGCAGGAUCGACCUCCUGGCUGCCCACCUGGGCUCCAGCCGGGAGCAGGUGGAGCGGGAGCUGCAGGUCCCCAGCGCCGGCGGGGCGCGGGUGCCGCCCUACAGAUACUUGCUCUUUCAGCUCUCAGAAGACAUCACCAAAGAUGAGCUGAUGUCUUUCAAAUUACUUUUGGAUGGAACAUUGCCAAAAAGCAAGCUAACGCCUGAGACCACAAUGCUCGACAUUUUCAUUGAGAUGGAGAAGAAGGGGCUUCUGGGAAAAGACAACCUAAGCGAGCUGAAGAGUCUCUGUGAAAAAAUUAACAUCAGCCUGUGGGACAGAAUUGAAGAUGAAUUAAACCUACUUGGUCAAGAAGAGAUGCUCAUCACAGAGGAAGAAAGGGGCAGCACAGGAGGCCCUGAAGGGUGUCUGGCAUUAUCUGUGGCACAUGAAUUUCCUGGCAGUUAUAAUAUCUCUUCCCAGCUUGGGGCUUACAAAAUGAGCAGCCGACCCUGUGGAGUGUGCCUCAUCCUCAAUAAUCACAGUUUUGCCAAAGCGAGGGAAGCUGUGCCGGAACACAAAUACCUGAGGGACCGGAAUGGCACGGACGUGGAUGCAGCUGCUCUGAGAAAUGUCUUUAGCAAGCUUCAUUUUAGAAUAGAAGAAUACAAAGACCUCACUGCAGAUGAAAUCCGCAACACUGUGAACAUCUUCCGCUGUGAGGACCACGAGGACAAGGACUGUUUUGUUUGCUGUAUCCUGUCUCACGGGAAAAAGGGCAUUAUAUACGGUGUUGAUGGGCAGGAGGUAGCGAUCCGGGAGCUGACCACUUCUUUCACUGUGCAGAACUGCCCCUCACUUGCUGGAAAACCAAAAGUCUUUUUUAUCCAGGCCUGCCAAGGCAACGCUUUCCAUAAAGGCGUGACCAUUGAAGCAGAUUCUGCAGAGCAAGACGCGUCUGUGGAAAGAGAUGUGAGAUUUCAGCUCGACUGCAUCCCUGCAGAGGCCGAUUUCCUCCUGGGCAUGGCCACCCUGCAGGAUUACGUCUCCUACAGAAGUCCAAGGGAGGGGACCUGGUACAUCCAGGCGUUGUGCCAGCACUUGGAGUCCCGCUGUCCUCGAGGAGAAAGUGUUGUCAGCAUCCUGACAGCAGUGAAUCGAGAAGUGAGCAGAAAAACUGGUGAGCGGAAUGCAGAGAAGCAGAUGCCACAGCCAAUUUUCACAUUAAAGAAAAAGCUCAUCUUUCCUGUUAACUAAAUGGGAGACAACUACGUGCCAGAGGGAGCUGCAGCAUUCUGGAAUCAGCUGUGUCAGCUAAGAAUUUAGUAUAACAAGACUUUCAGUGUGUCUGCUCUUACUACAACAGCAGAUACUAUUACUGAAAAUACAGCUGAGGAGAAAAAGCCUUAAGGAAUUUCCAUUAGUAUAUGUGACACUUUAUCCUGGAGAGCAUUUCUGAGCUGUUCUCCAAUAGGCAGAUUUUAAAAGACAACUGUUAUGAAACCUUGUAUACUUUAUGCCUAACUAACUUUCGCAAAAUAAAGGAGAGAGUGCUGCAAAUUUUAUAGGAUAUAA